GCGUUCGCAGCAGCCAAGUAAGAGCCGGUCGCGCCCGCCCGGGGAAGACGCGCCUUCGCGCCGCGCGCUCACAGCCGACCAUGGAGAACUCCAGCGAGGCGAGCGGGGAUGAUUUUGACAAUGACACUGACACUGACCACGACAUGUGCCGCAGUUCAGUAGACAUGGAGCAUUACCUGCAUUACUCCCUUGUUCCAUCUGUCAUCAUCAUUCUGGUGCUGUGCUGCCUUGAAAAGCGAUUAAGACGAUGGUCCAUAGACAGAAAACUGAACAAGCUCUACGGCCGUGUUGGGGUUGUGAUACCCUUUGAUUUUGUUGCAACAUUCAGCAAUCGUUGGUCGUUCGGUUUUGCGUUUGGAGCUACUGCUGACAAACUGUUGUUCCUGUUUGGAAAAGACUUCCCCCAACCACCAAUGCCCAUUUGGGUUAAAGUCUUCUGGGUUCUGCUCAUCGCCAUUGAAGUGGGCCUCUCCUCAUAUCCUUUCUUUGUCUGUCUUACAACAAGUUAUCAGAAAACUGGAGCCACCCUAGGAUUUCUUUAUACAUUGAGCUGGUUAAUAGUCAUGCUUGUAGAUGUUGCGGAGUGCCCCCACAGUACAUAUUUGCAAGAGUAUGGAAAAGUAAUUACGUUCCUGCCGUCGAUCCUGUGUCAGCUUUUCCUGCUAGGCCGAUUUUUUCACAUCUUGGUGAAAUCAUUACACAUCCACGGUGGGCAGGCUCUUCUAAAUGAGGAGACUUCUUUCCUGGAGGAUCAUCAAAUGAAGUAUGUCCAGCGACUGAUGAAGAAGCCACCGCCACAGCCGCCCCAGAAGUCCUGGAUUCUGCGGAACUUGUAUGAAUGGGACCCUUAUUUUCAGUUCCCAAGCCGAAUGAUCAGCACGGCAGUGGUUGUCCUCAUGUGCCUUUAUAAGUAUAUUAUAUUUGAGGUCAUUGCUUACGUGGCUAUUUCAAGACUACUCAGAAAUAUGAAGUUGGCAUUUGAGAACUCUUUUGCCCAGUUCAACGAAUCAGAAGAACUGAGUUCACUAUUUAAUACAACCCAAGAAUUUUUUGAUGUUUUUGAAGGUGUCUGGAUAGUCGCCACUGUUGCCUCCUCCCUCCUGAGUGUCUGUUACGUGUUGCACAUCUUAGCCUGCUACAGAAAACACAUCAAGCGGUUGAGGGUUGGCAACAAGUCCUUCCUGUUACCAGACAUUACUGCAGUUUCACAUUCUUUAAGUGCGGUAGCAAUGGCAAGAUACUCUUCGUGGCAAAUUGCUUACAUGAUAUGGGGGUAUACCAUCAUGCAGGUGAUGCAGUGCGUGGCUGGGAUGGUUUUCAUGUAUGUUGUGAUUCUACCCAUGAUACAUGGUCAGUGGAUUGAACUUAUCGACAAGUGGGGGACUACAAUCCUCUCCAUCGUCAUCAUUAUGGCAAUCAAGAAGCUUCAGUUUUUGGCUGCAUCAAGGUUCUUUCUUCAGCCCAAGAUUUCACCACUAGACAAGCAAAAGCCAUUAGCUCUUGAUAACAGAAAAGCAUUCCAGAACUUCACCUACUUCUUGUUCUUCUGCACUGUGGUGGUGGGCUUGUUUUCCUGUCUGAUGAGACUGUUGCGCAGCAUUGCUUUGGGAACCUGGCUGAUUGGACGCAUAGACAGGCCGGUCAUGCCCAAAGGCUAUGAAGCCUGCGAUAUGGGUUUCAAGACCUGGGUUGGUAUGCUGCUCAUGGAUCACUACCAUACGAAUCCCGUCCUUGUUUCCUUCUGCCACAUCCUUGUUACUAAAAACAGAGAACGAGAACUGCAGAGAGCUAGAUACAAGUCUGAGACUGAGCUGCUGGGAAAAGAUCCUAGGAUGUUGGCUAGAUCCAGGACAAGAUGGCUGUUGCUCUACACCCUGCUCAACAACCCCAGUCUGAGGAAAUUCAGGAAGCCCAAAUCAGGGCCUCAGUUGGUGGAUUUCCCCCUGAAGUGUUCCGUCUGAGGAACUCUGCAGCUGAAGUGGAGUCACUGAAGAUCAUAGAACAGACACUCUGACUGGCAAACGGAGAACUGCUAUUUGAACAUGGCCUGCAGAGAACCUGACAAACGAGUGGAAAGAUAGGGAUGUCCAGGGGGUACCAGUGGAGGUCCCCAACCUCGUUGAGCCUGUGAACACUUUUGGAAUUUUGAGAAUUUUGAUGCUGGAUCCAAGGGCACGAACACGGCUAUGGCAGAGGGGUACUGUUGUUUUAGGUUCUGUGCACAUCUCUGGGGACGUGGGGGCUGAAAGCCGACUCAAUGCUAGCAAUUUUCCAGUUCCUGGCUGGGAUCUGGCCGCCAUUUCCUGCCUCCUAGGCAGUGCUUCUGUGUUUAAGACUUAUGAUAUUGCCAUAUUCAUAACCCUUCUUGACAUGAGAGCAGGUUGGACUGUUAACGUAUGAUAGACAGCUGUUUCUGAAUCCAUGUGUCCUGCAGAUACAUACAACAUGGCUCCUGGGCUCUUUUGAAGCACAUCCGGCUCCAAUGAGUGGCUUUUUGCUUUAGGGAAUAGAUAUUUUGGGAGAAGAAUGUAAUGGGUGCCAGCAAACACAUCAGGGACCAUUAUGGUGUCCAAUGGACACUGAUGGGCAUUGCAAAGUUGAGGGCUACUUGCUGCCCACUUGCUUAUAUUGUUUUCCAAACUGACAUCUUUAAGAGAGGAGGCAGAAUAAAAGCUGAAAGAGCUAAACGAAGCAGGGGCAUGGAAUGCAUCGACAUUGCGCCUGCGACUCUGAUGUGUCGAGAUGACACUUCCUUAAAACAAGUCAGACCGUUGUUCUGUCAGGGUGAGUGCUGCCUACUCAGACAGCAGCUCUUCAGGGUUUCAGGUCUUCUUACUUUCUGCUCUUUUAAAACUCAGAGGUGCUCAGGACUGAACCUUGGAAUCAUCUGCUCUGUUAUUGAGCCACAUCAAUCUCUCAGGGAAGAGGAAUAUGAAAGAUACCUUUACCAAACAUGUGCUUUUAGAAGGCAGAGAAUAGGAUAUGAACUAUAAAAAUGAGAGGGUGGAAAGCGGAGAGAUGGGUGGGAAGAAAGAGAAUGGAGAACGAAAUAAUGGCCGUUUCCACACGGCUUACCUCUGCCCAUAACG